UUGGUUCCUGCUCCUCCCAGCUCAAAGAUGGCAGCCAUGGGACAGAGAUGAGAGACGACACCAAUUUAGGAGUUUUGUUAUGAAACCGCAUUGGGCUGUACAGCUGUUACAUGCAUGGUUUUAAAAUGACAGCGGUAUAAUUUGUCACUGCCAAUGUGUCGUUUCACGAAGUCAAUUAAAGGAUUCAGAAAUAUCAUGUUUUUCUGUGGGCUAAGCUAGCAAGCAACGGUUAGCAAAUACAUGAACUUGCCUCUUCAGCCAUCCAAGAAGAAAGCAGCUGCUCUGCAUACGGUGUGUUGGCAUUUUGCAAGCUCAAUUUCAUCAUGGCCAUCACUCAGUUUCGUCUUUUCAAGAUCUGCACAUGUCUAGCCACCUUACUGUCUUUCUUUAAAAGGUUGAUAUGCAGGACCGGAAGGGGUCGCAAGCUCAGCGGUGAUCAAAUAACUCUCCCGACAACAGUAGAUUUUUCAUCCUCGGUACCAAAACAGCCAGAGAUUGAAGAAUGGAGCUCUUGGGAUGAAGAGGCUCCUACAAGCAUUAAGAUCGAAGGUGGCAACGGAAACGUUUCCCCCACAGGCAACGAGAUGGACGAAGAGCCCGACUACUUUAAAGACAUGACUCCCACCAUCAGGAAAACACAGAAGAUCGUGCUGAAGAAGCGGGAGCCUUUGAACUACCUGGUGCCUGAUGGCUCAGCAGGUUUCUCCAGCAGACUGGCAGCCUCUCAGGAUAUGAUGACCUUCAGUCCACCCUCAGGGGAACUGGGAGAAAUGGAUACCUGGCAGGGAGACUCAAACGCCUGGGAGGACGAGUCUGAUGCUGCAUGGGAGGCAGAGGUGGUGCUCAGGCAACAGAAGAUGGCUGAGAGAGAAAAGAGGUCCAUGGAGCAGCAAAGGAAGAAGAUGGAGAAAGAUGUUCAGAGGAUGAUGAAGAAGGAGCAGAAGAUUGCCGUCAAGCUCUCGUAACAUUAUUAGAAAUGCUCAGUUUCGAGCCAAAGGGAUGGGGGGGGGGGCAAGGACACUGAAUCAAUCGUCACUCUGUCUUUGAAGUCAUCAUACCAAACGGGAUUACCACCCUUCACUACUUAUCUCUUAGCAGUCUGUCCUACUCCACCCUGUUUCCACCAGCAGCCAUUUUCGUCCAUUUUCCAGCUGCAGCAGUGUGAAAUGCAUCAGUCUCGAGGUCAGAUAACGCUCCUGGUGCACUCCCUGUUCAUGUGGCGCGGUCCUUUUGGUCUUCGAGGGAGAGCUAUAUUCAUACGAUCCGGUUCAUCUAAGGUUAAAGGUUACGUGCAGCAUUAGAGCGUACCAGUUAGAUUCUGAUUACAUCCGCCGGGUUUGCGUAGAAAAAUGUUAUUUUGUUUCUUUCCCGGGAACAUUUGUAAAUAAUCAGGUACCUACCUUUUUGAAACCCAAAUAGGGAGUACAUUUCCCUUUCUUUGUCGUAUUUAUAAUCUCAAAAGGACAAAGGAGUUAAAUUAAUUUUAAGCAUCACUGUAUACCAGUGACAUCGCUUGGUUUGCUUGAUUGUUGUGUUUUUAUAUUCAUGUCUUUCACUGUCUGAAAACUGCUUUUUUCUUUUUCUAAUGAAUACUGCUUGAUAGUUGACAUUAUCCCCCCCGUGCUGUGCAGCCCUUCGUAUACUGGAAGUCUCUGUUAGAAUGAAGGCUGCAGAUGUUCAUUAUGAGUAAGGAUGAAGAACCACAGACUAGAAUCUAGCCCAACUGUAAGUGUUAGCUGUGGGUUCCUAUGGUAAUCUCAUGGCUACUGAUCUGCCAUUCAUUCUCCUCCUUUGUCAGCGUUUGAAGGAGAAACUCCAGUGAUCACUGCUUUGAUUUUUUUUUUUAAUUUUAAUGAUUUGUCAAGGUCGUGGGAAUGUUACUGUGCUCCUAAAUAGUUGUUACUCUCGCUGCACAGACGCUGUCUUUCUGGAACCCGGAUCACCAUCCCAGCGUGGUCUCUGAAUGGCUACCUCGGUCGAUAACUAGAGGAAGAUGGCUUUCACUGAGCGUCCUGUUAUGCAUCGUUAUAAUACAUUUACCAGUCAGUGUUGGAAACAAAUCGGCACCACUGCCAAUAGGCAAGCUGUUGUCAUGGAAACAUUUUUAUAAAUUGAAAUGUGCAGACGAGAUACAAAAUGUCUCCGGUCUGUGAUUCCUGAUAAAUGACUUCUAAAUGAGGUGAUGGAGGCAGAUUUCUAUACUGACUAUUCCAAAAGUAAAAGCUUCGCGAGCUAAUUGGUGGGUUGAAGUUAUCAAGCAAUGACAUAAUGACACACUGUUGAAACGAAUGAUUAAAUGACCAGUGCAUGAUCAGGUUUAAUUGAAAGCAGGUGUUUUGUUAAAGGGAAUUCUGCAAACUAUUUGUCCAACUUAUUUUUCAUGGAGUAAAGCUGCAGGUUUUUUUUCUGUUUUGUCUUUUUGCACAUUUCAGUUUUACAAAACAAUUUUCUUGCCCCCAUUAUUUUUUUUUUUCAUUCAUGAGUAAGACUUCAUGUUAAAAAUAAUUGUCAUGAUUGAGCACAACUGAGGACCACAAGCUCAAUCAAUCCAGGAGGAUUUGGCAGAUUGUACAGCUGCUGUAUCAGUCCGACAUGUUUUUAAUAAACUGAUUUGCUUCAUACCUCCUAGAGAUGAAACGCGUUGGUCAUGUGUCUGCUGCCUGAUGUGCAAUUUGGGAAACACUAGAUGAAGUAUUGUCACAAAAGGGUGACAUUAAAUUAUUAUUGAGCUUUGCUUUGGGUACAACAUAAGGGUUUGGGCUUUUUAUUAGCGGUGCUAGUGAUGCGGCUCCAGGGAUUUUAGUCGGUCACUCAAACACUUAGACUGAAACAUAUCUUGGAUGACGUGCCAUUCAAUUUGGUACACGCACACACAAACACACCUACUAAUAGUGAGCUUGUUAGUAUUUAGCUUGAAGCACUACAGCCUUACAGAGCUGCAAGCUCUAGACUUGUUCAUAUCACUAGAACAUGAUGUCCGACACCAAUGUGGCCUUUAAUUUGGAUUGACAGGAUGUUGCCGUCACUCAUCUGACCCCCAUCAUAAUGAUGUCACUCCCAUCUGUCAGGGGCCACUGCCUGCCUGCCAGAACCUCUCAGAGACUGACCCACUUUCAAAAACGGAUUGUGCACGUCAUUAGUCUUCAGAAAGGGGACGAGCUAAAUGACAGAAUAAUUGUCCUGAAAGACUGAGAAAACCGAUAGACUGGUGUGUUCUCAGCUGGUUCCACUUACAGCCACUGCCUCCCACUCCAGCAUCCACAGACCACGCAGUGCGGGGAUUACAGCAUCUGACGACUCGCUAGUCUGAUGCUUUUUGAACCGAGAGGUCACGCUUAUGCAAUUUAAGACAUCACUAUGUGUGGAUAUAAUCAUGGCAAAGACACCAAGUUCAUUC